CGACGGUUGGGAUGGUGCACCCACAUAAAAGCCCAAAAGUACAAUAUAAGCUCAUCAAACGUUUACUUCUCGCCUUCCGUUCCCCACAACCACCGGAACCUGCGCUCUCCUUCUCCUUGUCCUUUCACCACUCUUUCUCUCUCUCCCUUCCUCUCGAAAACAAUGGAGCAAUCUCCAGCGGUGCAGAGGCCGACAAGGAGGAGCCUGAUGAGCUCGCUGAAGGAGGCAGCGAGCACGACCCUCGGCCGCUCAUCAUCCUUCAAAGAAGACUCCUACCUCACUUCCCAACUCAAACCCGCCGAGCUCAAAGCCCUCGAAGAUUUUAAGAAAUUUCUGUCAUCAUCCUCAUCGUCGGCGUCGGCCCCGCCGACUAUGUGGGGAAUCCCUUUGCUUGAUGGUGGUGAGAGCGCAGACGUGGUCUUGCUCAAAUUCUUACGAGCGCGGGACUUCGGUGUUGCGCAGGCGCAUGCAAUGCUGCAGCGAUGCGCCGAGUGGAGAUCGGAGUUUGGAGCGGAUGAGGUGGUGGAUGAAGAGCUUGGCUUCAAAGAGCUCGAAGGCGUGGUCGCGUACAUGCACGGCUGGGACCGCGCCGGCCAUCCCGUGUGCUACAAUGCCUACGGGGUUUUCAAAGACAGGGAAAUGUACGAUCGCAUCUUCGGCGACGAAGAAAAGCUCAAGCGCUUCCUCCGAUGGCGCGUUCAGGUCAUGGAGCGCGGUGUUCGCCUUCUCCAGCUCAAGCCUGGCGGCAUCAACUCCAUUAUUCAGGUCACCGACCUAAAAGACAUGCCUAAGCGCGAGCUUCGCGUCGCUUCCAACCAGAUCCUCUCUUUAUUUCAGGACAACUACCCUGAAAUGGUCGCUCGCAAGGUUUUCAUAAACGUGCCGUGGUAUUUUAGUAUUCUGUACUCCAUGGUUAGUCCUUUUCUCACUGAGAGGACUAAGAGCAAGUUCGUCAUCGCCAAAGGAGGCAAUGUGGCAGAAACCCUCUACAAGUUCAUCAGGCCAGAGUUCGUUCCUGUUCAGUAUGGAGGCUUAAGCCGACCUGGCGAUCUGGAGAACGGACCGCCGAAGCCGGCGUCCGAGUUCACCAUUAAAGGCGGUGAAAAGGUAAACCUGGAAAUAGACGGCAUUGAGGCUGGAGCGACUAUAACGUGGGAUAUAGUUGUGGGGGGAUGGGAUGUGGGCUAUGCAGCGGAGUAUGUGCCGAGUACGGAGGGCGGCUACACGAUUGCUGUAGAGAAAGCACGGCGGAUUCCGGCGGCGGAGGAAGCGGUUCAUAACGUGUUUGCGGCAAGGGAUGCCGGCAAGAUGGUUCUAUCGAUCGACAACACUGGUUCGAGGCGGCGGAAGGUAGCGGCUUAUCGCUACUUCGUCCGCAAAGCUACGGUUUAGUUCUUGAAAGUGGGUAAUAAGAGGAUAUGUGGACUAAAAUAUUUGCGCUUUUAGCUUUCUUAAUUAUGUGAAAUAUUAGUGAUGUAAUCCUAUUUUAAUCUUGUGGUUGGGUUUUGAAAGAGUGGAUUAGGGUUUUUAUAUUGAAAAUUUGUGUUUGUUGGUAAUCUAAUUACUUUUGAGUCCUCUUAUUGGGAAAAUAUUUGUGUAGGUAAGAAUUACGCUACGCCACCUAUGUCAGAGGUUAUUCAGAGGUUAUAGGGAUUUUAUAUCCGCAUUGUAUCUCCUGUAACUUUCUUGUAAUUUAUCUAUACUUAUCGAAAUUAUAGAAGCGCAAAAU